AUUCCUCCGUUGAGUGGUGGAUAAAAUGGAUUACUUAAAAUUCAGCUCUGAUAAAUUAUCAGUUGAAACAAUCACUGAUCUUGUUACUUCUGAGAAGUGUGGAGCAGCUUCUGUUUUUGUUGGUACAACCAGAGAUAAUUUUGAAGGCAAGGAAGUAAUUAAGUUGGAGUAUGAAUCAUAUGAAACCAUGGGUCUAAAAGCAAUGGAGAAAAUUUGCAAAGAAAUUAGAACGAAAUUUACAGAAGUUGAGAAUAUUGCAAUAUAUCACAGAUUGGGAGUAGUUCCAGUUAAAGAAGCAAGUAUAAUCAUAGCAAUAUCAUCACCUCAUAGAGCAGAUGCAAUUAAAGCAACAGAAUUCUGUAUCGAUAGUGUAAAGAGUUCAGUGCCAAUAUGGAAGAAGGAAGUUUACAAAGAUAAUGGAUCUGAUUGGAAGGAAAACAAAGAAUUAAAUACCCAGAAAGUUCCAAUCAAAUUCAAACUUGAAAUAAAACAAGAAGUUGAAUGCAAUCCAAUCCCUUCACAUUUAAUCCAAAUCAAGGCAACCACAGAAGAGAUUGAGGAGAGAAUACAAAAGUUUAUGGAUAGAAAAAGGGACGAAAUUAAUAUGACUAAUAUUAGAGACUUUUGUCAUCGCGAUUUGACCUCUCAAAAGAUGGAAGACGAGAGUUGCGCUCGUAUAGAUUCCGUUUUAAUCAAAAGAAAAGAUUCUAAAGGUCAUUUGCAAGUGAACAAAGUUUAUAAUAACUUCAGCCGAGAUCAAAGUAAGCAGGAUUAUUUGAUGCAAUUUAUUCCAAAAAAUGGAAUCGAGGAGCGGUUAUUAAGUGCAGAAACGCAGUUAUCUAUGACUAAGCCUGUUUCUAAUGAUAUUUAUAAAAGGAUUAAAAACGUGGAGGAUAGAUUGAUGUAUCUGGAAUCCAUAUCACCAGAAUACAUACAAUUUUGGGAUAAAACUGCUUUGAGUAAAACUUCUAAGAAGAAAAGGGUUUUCUCAGUUAACGAAAUUAAUAAUUUCAUUAGUGAUUUGGAAUCAAGAAAAAAAUGA